UUUGUUGGUGGCGAGCUUGCGUCGUGAGCGCACCGCAUCAACAUCAACAUUGAUCUCCAUUAUAAUGGAGAUCAAUGAUCAUCAACGUCAUUUCGAACUUGACAAGUGACGACUAUGUGCGCCCUCUUUUGGUAACAGAUAAACUGGUCCCACUACGGUCUUUGCUUACAAUGUACCACUCGCUGGUGCACGCGCAUACUUACUGAUGGCAAAUGGUUUUCCCCGAUCAAAUGCAUGCAAAACAUAAUUAAAAUGACCAUCUUUCAGUUUUAUGCCAACCACUCAUCAUGAAUGAUCGGAACUUCGCUAUCUAAUUAUUUAAUAAUUUUCGAAAGUUGGAGAACCCAAAAAGUUUGUACGGAUGGUGCUCGAAAAACCAACAACAAUCCAAAUGUCGGGCUUGAAGAAACUGAGUGUGCGGAGGAGCAUGAAGCUGCCGUUUGGCCGCAAAUCAAGCAGUAAAAAGUCGCCCAAUAAUUCGACUUCUUCGUCUGAAAAUAAUGAUGGCGUAGUGGUAAUCUUGCCUAUCCCGGAAAGUUACAUGGGCGAGGAGGAGCAAAACAACAGCAAUGACACCGAACCGGGUGGUAAAACCACGCCAAGCACUGCUAAGUUACCGUCUGGAAAGUCACACAAAUGGCUGUUCAAAAACAGACGAUCAGAAUCUAGAAGUGGUGAGAAAAGAGGACCGAAAAUCUCAGCUGAUUUGAAGUAUACUGAAGAGUGUGACGAACCCGGAAGUAACUCGCGUGAAAAGUACAAAGACUCGACGGCUUUGACAAAUGGCGACAUCCUCGAAGCUGAGCCUGUUGAUGACGACCAAAGUAAAAACCCAUCUACUUAUCAUGACUCUCAGAGUAAACUAUGUGGUAAAGGGGUGGGCUAUGUCACACCACUCCGAAUGGGAGGAGAACUUGAAUAUUUACUUGUUGAAAUGAAACAGAAAAAGAUCAAUAAAGAAUGUUGUGCUUGUGGUGAUAGUGAUACAAACAACGUCAUAAAUGGACACAAACAAUAUCCUGAAGAAGGAGACAAUGAUGCGCAUAUUAAAGUCCAUGAAACUGAAGACAAUUUUCAAGAAAACCUUGAUAACCGGUCUUAUAUGCGGCCACCACCCCCACUCUUCUCCACACACACAAGUCCACCACGAAUUCCUCCGAAACCAGCUGCACUAAGAAAUAGACCCCUCCCGGCCUUCGCUCAAGGUGGAAGUGAGGAAAUUAAUAACGAGGAACUGGACAAUUGUGAAAUGCCACCACGUCCACCAGCAAGACCAAAAAAUCGUGCACUUGGGAAAGUAGCGGCAAGACCUUGGCAGCUUGGAAGUACUGCCCCCAUUGACAACAGGGCUACGGUAUAUGAAAUCGUAGGUCCCGCGCCUUAUGAGAGUUCUCUAGCCAACGAGCUGGCUAAGCUUCCCCGCCAGCCGUGGUACUGGGGUCCCUUGACACAGGCCCAGGCAGAGGAAAAGCUUUCCACUUUGCCUGACGGAAACUUCCUCGUGAGAGAUAGCUCAGACGAGCGGUACUUACUGAGUCUGAGUUUCAACUCCCACGGCCGUACACUGCACACGCGCAUCGAGCAUCGCAACGGCCUUUUCAGCUUGAAUGAUUCCGAUGGGCACACCUCUAUUGUGGAGUUGAUUGAAUGCGCCGUAAAGGAAUCCAGGAGUGGAGUCUAUGGCUACAUGCGCGAUGCACUGGGGGUGCAAUCCUUCCCAGCGCGCCUGACGGACUGGGUGUCCAGGUUUACGGAGAUGCGAUCCCUUCAACACCUGUGUCGUUUUUUGAUCAGAGAGGUGUACCCACGCCAUCACAUCCAAAUGCUACCGCUACCCAAGAAAAUCAAGGAAUAUAUACUGGAGAAUCAGUACUAAGUGAUUAAUUAUUCAUGUUUUUAUAUUAAAUCGAUUUUGGCCUUUGCUGUGAGAUUUUCCUGUUCAUUUGACAGGGCCCAAUUACAUGGAACUGCUUUUAGAGACCAUAGCGGCCGGAAACAACUUGUACAUAUACCAAAAUGCCCAUUGCGGUCUCAAACGGCUCCAAGAUCUGAUAUGUUUGUAGGGAAUGUUUCUGUAGUUUGCCACAAUGUCAUGAUCCAGUCCAAACAUUUUGGCAGUCUACUAAAUUGUUGGCGUAUCAUGUUUGCCAACAUGAAUGUUUUCUUUUUACCUUUAAAAUUUUAAAAUGCCCCAUAAGCAAAAAAUAUUGCUUAACAAAUUUUUUGCUCAAAGCAGAAAUGAGCAGGAUACCAGUAAAAAGAUGGUACAUAUAAUGUACUUUCUUGCCUAGUAGACUUAUUAUUGUGGGUAGGCAUAAUUGUGUUGCGCUUUUUGUGCUUGUAAAGCAGCUCUAUGAAAUUGGGCCUGGAGGUCCUAAGACUGGACUGGAUCUUUAAAAAAUACUAAAAUGUUACUACUUAAAGAUGCUAUGUCAGAUUUUUUGCCCCAAACAUAAAAAAAAAUUGUUUUGAGUGAAUGGUAAUUCAAAUAGUAUCACCCCCUCCAAAAGUUUAACUUUUACUUUUAAUAGUCGGGAAUCAUGACAAAAACUUAAAACGUUUCUUAUGAAACACAUAAGA